GUCCAUUAAGCCGCAAGGCCGCGGAGCGGGCAUCCCUCCUGGGAAGCGAGUCGGGCUCCCCCAGGAGGGAGGGGCGGGGCAAGGAGCCCUCCGGUCGCCGUGGGCCCCGCCGCCUCUGCCUUCCAGGCAUCCCGGGCUGCCCUCGCUCCCAGUCCCCGCCGUCUCAUUUGCCACCUCCCAACGCGUGACCCCGGCGCGUCGCGUCCCGGGCCGGUGUCACACGCGGGGUGCGCCAAGCGGUCCCAUGUGCCCCCUCCCUCUCGCGGCCGCCGCAGUCACCGCGCCCCGAACCCCGCUCCGGCUCCUCGGCAGAGGGCUCGCCGCCGCCAUGUCUACCGCCAGGCCACUCAAAUCCGUGGACUACGAAGUGUUCGGGAGAGUGCAGGGUGUUUGCUUCAGGAUGUACACUGAAGAUGAGGCUAGGAAAAUUGGAGUGGUUGGCUGGGUGAAGAAUACCAGCAAAGGCACUGUGACAGGCCAAGUGCAAGGCCCUGAAGAGAAAGUCAAUUCCAUUGGUGAGAAAAUUCAGAGCUGGAAGGUGAGCUGCUCAAGGUCAUACAACAAGUUCAGGAAGUCCUGGCUGAGCAAUGUUGGAAGUCCUAGUUCUCGCAUUGACCGCACGAACUUUUCCAAUGAAAAAACCAUCUCUAAACUUGAGUACUCUAGUUUUAAUAUUCGAUACUAAUAGAAAAAUUCAAAUUGUAAUGCUUAUACUGUACAAUAGAAUAGACUGUAUUCUUAAGUCUGCAUACUAGAGUGACAGUAGCAGAAUAGGAUAAAAAAAGAAACUUUCUGUUCCGAAAGCUGCAACAUUACGUUACUAAAAAUGGUUGACAAUGAAACAGUUUUACUCAACAAUGUUUUUAACCAGCCAAAUUUAGCAUUCUAAAAUUUUAAAUGUCAUUACAAAUUAUUUAAUAUGAAUAUUUUAUUUAAACUUGUCUCAUGGAAUCUUUAAUUCUAAUGAAUAUUAUGACACACAUGUUAUUUUGCUGGACAUAAAAUAACCACUUAAAAAUUAUUUUGGGGUAUUAUCUGAAUUGAGUUCUAAAACCUCUGAAUAAUAAUUUGUUAAAGUUGAGUACUUUGUUUAACAACAGCAAAAUAACCAAUAGUUUGAUAUAAAUGUAUAUGAUGAUCAGCAUAGCCUUAAAAUCAAUAAAGAGUUAACUUUAAAAACUGGUUGAAUGAG